AUGAUUCACAAUUAAAUUAGUUAUACAAAUUCUUGGCAAGAAGAACAGACUCUAAUUUUAAUGCAACUGUUUUAAGAAGACUUCAAUCAACUAGAACAGCCAGAUAUCCAAUUAGUGUAAGCAGACUUAACUUUGGUUGUUGUUGGCACUGUCGCGGAUGACAUUCGUUUACUUAAUGUUCCAAAGAUCAAUGUUUGCGCAUUAAGAUUUACAGAGACUGCAAGAAAAAGAAUUCUUGCUGCUGGCGGAAAGGUCUUAACUUUUGAUUAGUUAGUAUAAUAAAAUCCAACUAGAACAGGAACAAUUUUAUUAAGAGGUCCAAGAGUUUGGGAAGCUUUAAAACACUUUGGUAGAGCAGCAGGUUUACCAGGAUCCUAUGCCAAGCCCUAUGUGAGUAAUACAGCCAAGAAAGGCAGAGGUUCUAGAUGA